UUGGAGGUUUGACACCCGUAUCACGGGCUGUUAUAACUGUCGCCACUACCCCGGCGCCGGGAUUGCCCGGUAGCCUUGAGAUCACCCAAAAGGGAGGAACCCAUCUUGCCUGCAAAAUUCAGACUACUAGCCAUAUCGGCGCUGUUAGCCGCAGUAACGGCGCUUGCCGUCAUGGCUUGUUCGCCAGCAACGCCUGAAACCAUUACCGAGACGGUGGAAGUAACCAAGAUUGUUGAAGUGCCAGGCGAACAGGUCCAAGUAACUGUUGAAGUGCCCGGUGAACAGGUUCAAGUCACCAGGAUCGUGCAAGUGAUGGCGCCGGAGGGGCCCAAAGACACCAUCAUCUUCGGAGACCUCAACUGGUCCAGCGCAUUGCUGCAGAACCGCAUCGCCCAAUACAUCGUUGAAAAGGGCUACGGCUAUCCGACCGAC